GUCCCAUCCCAUCCACGGAGGCAUGAUCUCGGCGGGGACCCUCUGCAGCCUGCUGCUCCUCGGCGUGCUUUGGGUGGACUUGGCCAUGGCUGGCUCGAGCUUCCUGAGCCCCGAGCAUCAGAGAGCCCAGCAGAGGAAGGAGUCCAAGAAGCCAUCUGCCAGACUACAGCCCCGAGCGCUGGAAGACUGGCUCCACCCAGAGGGCAGAGGGCAGGCGGACGUGGCAGAGGACCUGGAGAUCCAGUUCAAUGCCCCAUUUGAUGUCGGCAUCAAGCUGUCAGGGCCGCAGUACCAACAGCAUGGCCAGGCCCUGGGGAAGUUUCUUCAUGAUGUCCUCGAAGAGGCCAAAGAGGCCUCCACUGACAAGUGACACCGCAGGACAGCUACAUCUUCCUGUCCUCUCCCAGUGCUUCUGCAACAACUCCCAAUACCCUUGUGCUAUUUAAGAGGUGA